CCCGCCAGUAGCGGCCAUGUUCGAUGGAGGGGAAGUUUGGCCCGAUGCGAGCCAGUGACGGGCUCCAUCCUCAGCUCCAAGGCGCCGUAGCGUCCAUCCAGAUUCCCCUUCGGGUGCGCCUGGCAGGAUGGGAGGCUGGGAUUCUUGCACGUUGCACCUUUUUACCUUUUCUUGAUUUGCGCGAUGAUACCAGGCCGCAUGUCGAACAAGGCCGUUGGGAAGCAAGGGCAAGCCUGGGCAGCCUGGGCGGGCGUCGUCGAACAGGGUUUGCGGUUGAGUUGAGUGAUGGUGUCAAGUCAAGUCAAGGCUCAAGAACCGGGGGGCGACAAAAGUGCCGGGGCCAAAUUCUCCACAUCGACGAACGGCGUGGGCGAGUCUGUUCGGGUGUAGCCAUCAAGUCAAGUCGAGUCCCAGACUCCCAGUCGCCGUCCUCGUCCUCGUCCUUGUCCCCGUCCCCGUCGCCUCCCCGUUCCCCGUCCCAGAGUCCACAGCGCACCUUGUGUCCCACCGCAGGACCCAGGGAUCAGACGCCGUCGAAUGUCGCUUGAACGGACAGAACGUCGAGAGCCGUCCAUCGCGACACCAAGUGCCACCGGUCACACCCCGUCGCCCGGCCGCCCACAUCUGACACCUGCCAUCCAAUGGGACCCGCCGCGGGCCGUCCAGAGACAUCGGGAAGUAGACAAGACAAUAGUCGAUGUUGUUAUUGUUCUUGUUAUUGCCUGGAAGAACCAUGGCUUGCGCAGGGCGAGUCGGUUCGAGCUGGUCGAGCUGGUCGAGCUGGUCUGGUCGAGUCGAGUCGCGUCGCCGAGGGAGUUGAAUGGUUCACGGGAGCUGCCCCGCGCAGAAGCCGCGGCCAAUGGACGGCCCGGAAAAGUUGCGGUGAGAGCACAACAGCUGUCGUGCAUACAAUUAGCGUGCCCGAACUGCUAUCAGAUGCUGAGAUGGGCGAUCGAGGGCGACGGGGAGGCUGGGACGGCUGGAUCCUGUCCCCAAGAGGCCUAG